CGGCGUCUUCCAAAUUCCCCAGAUUCCCAACCUGCGGGCAACUCCCCAAGGUAUCAACAUCAUCUCAUCAAAGGAAUAGUAGGAAUACAGGCUCAUUGUCUGCCACCUCUUGGUUCAAUAUGGGACGUCUUCCGGCCUUCAUAGCCGAUAGUUACAAGCGCUACAAGUCGGACACAAACAGGCUCGUCAAAUGGCUCGUGGUCAACUCCAGAAAACUCGGACUUGUCGUAAAGGCAAAGGCCGCCGCAAAGCCAGCUCGUCUCAAAGGCCGGGACCGGAAGCUAGCCCGCGAAUCUGGCACUCAGAAACCCUCCACUGGUGAAGCACGUCCGUGCAUCUUGACCGUGGAUCAGAUCUCGGAUAUGGCCAAGCUCAUCGCCGAUGCCAAAGUCGCAGUUCCCGCCUCUGUACUCGUGGUGGCUCGCCGCGCCAUCAAGGUGCGCAAAAGCUGUGCGCAAUGGUUCAGCCGAGCCGGGAGAAGCACCAAGAAGCUGGAGAAAGAUGGGGGUCACUGGCACUUUAUCGAGGUGCUGGAAACGGUUCUUUCGCUCUUACUGCCGUUGAAAGCGAAUGAUGCGGUACCAUCGAAAGUCAACGAAACCGCCGAUGUUCCUCUGAACUCAUUCCGGCACGAUGAUAUGGAGCUCAGCCAGGCUAUCGACACGGAGAAUAAAUUCGCUGCUUUGGAUAUGGAGGACGUCAAUGACGAUUUCGACGCGUCUCAGGUUGAGGUCGAUGAGGCCACCAUGGCCGAUAAAGAGACAUACGAGGUGGAAAAUGAAGACGACAGCGGAGAACUUCUCUUUGCCAUUUUCAGCCUGUUCCAGGACUUGCACAAUAUUCGGGAGUUUUUGCAACAGACUUGGGCCGAGUUCCGAGAUGGCACGAUUGAUUUGAUAUCCGCCUCCGUCACUACCAACACGGCGAUUGACUUGGUGCGUGAUAUCCAGGAUGAUAUAUCCAAGUUCCAUCCUGAAGUCACCGAUUACGAUAUGGCGUCGAAGCUCUUCUACUUAUAUGCCUGCAUGUCUCGCGGAGAAGACCCGACCAAUAUAAAACAUCGGGAGGACAUCGUGAAUCUCCAAAUGAUCGAUGUGGCAGAGUUCCUGUACAUGCCCAUACACUCGAACUUGGAAUCCCUCGCCCAAGUCAUCCAGCCUAAUCAGUUCCCCUGGUAUAACGGCCAGUUUGGCAAGUACAACCCGCUUGCCAAGAGAGAGGGUUACAAUCAUCGAGAGCGGCUGUGGGAGGAUCGACUUAUCCUGAUGGAAGCCAUGCCGGAGUUGGUCUUGUACGCCCGCUUCAAUGUAGAUGACCCCUUAAAGGAUGAAUUCACAAAGGAGUUCGGGGAGUUUGCACGAACCAAGAAAAUUCCCUUGGUCUUGGUGUUCGCCACCCAGAUUUUCAUCGACAUCCACCAUAUCCUCCGCGAGCGUGCCGGCCUCGGCGCGACGCUGCUUCGUCUGGCUGGAUCCCGCGUCGAGGACUCUCUGAAGAAAAGCUCUGCCGAGACUCCCGCAAAUCAUCCGAGAAUAUGGCCUAAAGAUCACGAGGAUGGCGUCAAACACUUUCAGAGUUGGAUCAAUGUCUGGAUAAUCAACGACCGACUGAAAACUGAAACGCAAAGAUUGAUUUCCCCUUUGGGAAUCGAAGCGGAAAUGCGCCCCUUUUCCCUGUAUAAUAGGCAUCCAAUGUUGUGUGGCCUGAUACUCUUCAAAUUGCAACUCCAUGCCCAGCACCUAGGGAUGGUCCUGGCCAGCGCCUGGGGCAGCAUCAUUUACACCGCGCACCUUUACGAAGCCUGCAAGUACUCUCACACCCUGAACGGCAAAGAAUGGAAAGACAUGGAAUUUGUCAUGGCCGCGAACGGGAAAGAGCGCAUGUUCAAAGGCCGCGUCCCCACAAACCCGACCGAAUCGCUCAAGAGCUUCAACUACAUGGUCGGCUGGUCACCAUUGGGGAUCGCGGGGACGGACCGGUCGGCGCAAAUCCGCAAACGCGGGCCUCUCAAGGGAUCCGCAAAAGGUCCCACGGGCUUGGAGGAGAAUUCCCCCAUCUCGAUCCUGUUCCGCGACCGGAUCUGCUACAACAAGGAAAGCGUUUUUACUGUCGAGGCGGUGGACCGGCUGCUCCGCGAGUCGAUCAAGACGACGCUGCCGUAUAACUUCCAGCGUAGCUGGAGCCAGGCGCAGAAGAUGACGCCCUUGCAAUUACUCGUGACCCUUCGAGCCGGUCUCUUCGAGGAAAAGCAUAAGCUUCGCUUUGACUAUAUCCGCAUGCAUACCCGCUGUCAGGCAGUGCUACGGCAGCUUCAUGAAGAGCUUGACCCUAUUUUCACGGAAUGUUUUGGAUCUACGUAUAUGGAGAAUGAGGGACAGUUGGCGUGGAUUGCUGGGUGGGUGUUUUUAUUGCUUGCUGAAUCGGAUGCGGUGCGUGGCAAGACGACCGGAGUGGGGAGAGAGAGGAUUAUGGCCAUUUGCGGGGAGGUGAUGGAGAAAAUGACUGACGUUGAAGGUGACUAUGAAUGUAAAGCUUUAGCUAGAUGUUAGUUCUUGUUGAGUAGAGUACCUGCAGGGUAGAUGAAAUAGAGCUGCCGGUGUAUGAAUUCGCGUUCCUGCGUCGCACCUGCGACCACACACAUCAAAAUCGACGCCCUGGUGGCUACCUCCGCUCCAGCCACUUUCGAAAUGGAAAGUCACGAAAUAAGGCCUAAUCGACAGCAAGAGUGUAUGUUUUGUAUACAUUGCACAGCGGGGUUCACGCGAUUGUAAUAGGUGAAUCUAUGUAGGGAAGGCGGGCUGAUUCUACGCUAGGUACUGUAGUAGGAGCGAGGCCAGGGUUCAGGGGCGGCCACCGCGGUGAAAGGAUGA